AAAUAAAGAAUACUGAUAAGUGCAUUAUAAGUAAUAUUGUUUUUUAAAAUAAUGCGCAUACCUGAAAUAAUUUGUAAACUGAAGUUUUUAUAUAUAGGUAAACUUACUUGUUGCAGACAUAAAUCGUUGGAUAAAGAGGAAGAAGAAUAAUUGGCGAAAAAAAGAGAGAAAGAAGAAUGAGUUACCUGCUGAGAACUCUGACGAUGAAGAAAGAGGUAGACUCCAUAAUCAGAGACACCAUUGACAAGGUCCUCGUCCUCCGCUUCGGCCGAGCUUCUGAUUCUGGCUGUCUCCAUCUCGACGACGUCCUCUGUAAAUCAGCGCGAGAGGUUUCUAAAUUCGCAAGUGUGGCUCUGGUAGAUAUUGAUUCUGAAGAUGUUCAAGUUUACGUCAAGUAUUUUGACAUCACUUUCAUACCCUCCACCAUUUUUUUCUUCAAUGCUCAUCACAUGAAGAUGGAUUCUGGUACCGCUGAUCAUACUAAAUGGGUUGGAGCAUUUCACCAAAAGCAAGAUUUUAUUGAUGUAGUAGAGGCCAUUUUUAGAGGAGCCAUGAAAGGGAAGAUGAUUGUGCAUUGUCCCUUGCCACCAGAACGAAUUCCGAAAUAUCAGUUAUUAUACAAAGAUGUGUAGAAGUGCCAAUAUUGUGGAUGGACAAUCAUAGUGUUGUAGCCUUGGUAGCGAAUCCCGUCUUCCAUUUGCGCUUUAAACAUAUUCAAAUAGACUUGCACUUUGUUCAUGAUGAGAUUCUUGCGAAAGAGAUUUCAGUUUGUUAUGUUCCAUCAAUCGAUUAAGUUGCUGACAUACUUACUAAGCCAUUUUCUAUCGAUCGAUUUUAGUAUCUUAAAUCCAAGUUCAAGGUGUUUCCAACCCUGUUUCGCUUCAGUGGGAUGAUAAACCAAGUGGUUUAACUGAAUAAGUUUUAUUUCAACAAUUCUUUUCUGUUUGUAAAAUUUUGUAUUUGUUAAUCAACAACUAAUUGGUUAGCCUUCUUGUAAAUUAUGUUUGCUCUGUAUCAUUGCAAACUUCUAUAAAUAAGGAGCUUGUCUCAGAAGUUAAUUAGCUUUGCAAAAAAACAUCUAAGAGUCCUUCUUGAUUUUCUCUCAAUGUAGCUUUUGCAUAGAUAAUUCCUCCUUUGUUUUCUCUUAUGGUUUCAUGCAAAGCAGUUAAAGAGGAAAGGCUUUGGCUCUUUCUUAUGCUUUACAAUAGUAUUUAGAGCUUGGCUUUACAGUUUCUUUUGUUGAGAGCAAUUCAGAAGUUGUUAUUAUCUUUGUUCUCUCUUCUCUUGAGGAUGCAUCCGAAUUGGAUUGUCAUUGUGAAAUAUUAAAUCAUUAUUCUUAUAAA